AUGGAAUACUUCGCACCUUCAUUUCCUCCCUACCUUCCAAUAGAAUAUUUUGUAACAAACAAAAGAAAUGGCGAUUUUAAAAGCAAAGCACCGAGCUCAUUUUUAAUAUUUCGUGCAUGCAUUACAGCAGAAAUGAAAGAUAAAAAUCUACAAAUUGGUGACGGUCGUAACAUUUCUGGUUUUGCUGGCAAUCACUGGAAAUGUCUGCCAAAAAAUCAAAAAGUAGCAUACAAAAAAAUGUCGGACGAAUUAAACAAGAUUUUUUCAUCUGAAGAGUAUCGUGAAAAUUUUCCCGAGCAGGAAGUCGCGCUCAACACAAUCUCUUAUGAUCAUGUUGGAAACUUUCACAGGGAGGAAGGUAGGCUCAACCUAAUUGCUAACGAUCAGCCUGACAACGUUUACGAGAAGGAGGGCGAGUUCAACCUACUUACUAACGGCCAACCUGAAAACGCUUACGAGAAGGAGGACGUGUUCAACCUCCUUGCUGACGGCCAAUUUGAAAACGUUUACGAGAAGGAAGAGAAGUUCAACCUACUUACUAACGGUCAAGCUGAAAACGUUUACGAGAAGGAAGAGAAGUUCAACCUACUUACUAACGGUCAAGCUGAAAACAUUUACGAAAAGGAAGAUAUGUUCAACCUCCUUACUGACGGUCAAGCUGAAAACGUUUACGAGAAGGAAGACGUGUUCAACCUCCUCACUGACGGUCAAGCUGAAAACGUUUACGAGAAUGAGGACGAGUUCAACCUAUUUACUAACGGCCAACCUGAAAACGCUUACGAGAAGGAGGACGUAUUCAACCUCCUUACUGACGGUCAACCUGAAAAUGUUUACAAGAAGGAAGAGAAGUUCAACCUACUUACUAACGGUCAAGCUGAAAACGUUUACAAAAAGGAAGACAUGUUCAACCUCCUUACUGACGGUCAAGCUGAAAAUGUUUACAAGAAGGAAGACGUGCUCAACCUACAACCUGAAAACAUUUACGAGAAUGAGGACGAGUUCAACCUACUUAUUAACAGUCAGCCUGAAAACGUUUACGAGAAGGAAGACGUGCUCGACCUAAACAUUAAUACUUGCUCUCACGGUUAUCAAGGCGGAUACAACCAAAAUCUUAAUUUUCGAUAUAACAACUUUCUUAAUUAUCAAGUCGAAUCCGUCCAGAAUCCUAAUCUUCAGUUUAACGAUUUUAGCCGUGUUCAUUAUGUUCAGAGUGAACUCACCCAAAAUUAUAAUUUUACAUUUAACACUUUUACUGGUGAUCAAGGCGAACUAAUCCACCAUCAAUUCGACAAUUUUGCCGAUCCUCAAGAUGGAUUCAACCAAAAUCCUAACCUUAGUUCUAAAUUUACCGGUUUCCAUCAAACCUCUUUAGCUAGAAGCGACCUCAAGUAA